GCCACGCAAUGGCUGAGAGAUCCAUGUUCCAUGUAUCUGAGAUCUAGGUAUAUCAAGAAUACUUAACAAAGGCUUGAUUUCAGAACUUUUCUUGGAUCUCACAAAACUUCUUAACAGAAAUUUUCAAGAUGGCAAUAGCACCUGUUGAUUCUGGAUAUCUCCAGGCUUCGGACCCCACUAAGCCACGUUCGGACGCAGCAGUCCCAUUUCGUGAUAUCAUACCUGCUCCUACUCAUCCCCGCAUCGCAGGAAUUGAGAAUCAUGAUGCGUUGAGUUGGUGUGAGUCGAGGAGACAGAUUGAAGCUCCUGCUUGGUUGAUCAAUCGACUUGACGAGAAGAACUUGGAGAAACCGUACAAGGGAUUUACAUCCGAUGGAAAUGUGAGAGAAGGGCUGUAUAAAUAUGCCGAGGACGAAGGUGCUCCUACUGAGCUAGUUGCUGAGAAGGUGAAGAGUCUUUUGAAGGUGUUGAGUGAAGAGCAGAGAAAAGAGGUGUGUUGUGGGGAAGUUACGGAUGAUAAAUUCAGAUUAUGGUCGAAUCCGGAAUUAUAUAUGAAUCCAGGUAUUAUCACAUCACCCCUAAAAUAUGAGACACUAACAAAAAUUCAGGCGGUCUUCGACUCGAUGAACACACACCAGAAAUCCAAUCCGCAAUCCACGCCAUCCUCAAAUCCUCCUUUUCCAAAGAAGGCUACGAAAAAGUCCUCGGUUGCUGUCUCACCAACGACUUCCUAGGGCAACUAGUAAACGGGAAAAAAGUACUAAACGAACACUCCUACAACUUCCGUCUCUUCGGAACGCCUUCUCUCACCUCGCCGUGGGGAUAUACAUUCUUUGGCCACCAUCUGUGUCUUUCAGUCGCAUUCCUAGGGAAACGUAUGGUCAUAGGCCCAACGUUCAUGGGCGCAGAACCGGAUAGAAUCGAUGAAGGACCUCAUGCGGGAUUACGCCUAUUCCGAAGCGAGGAGAUGGAGAGUUUGAAAUUAAUGCAAGGCCUUCCUAAAGAAUUGCAGGACAAGGCUACUUUGAGUAAGGGAAUGGAUGGCAAGAGUUUAGCUGAGGAUCGAUGGAAUCCUUUUGAUGAGAGACACUUGGGGGGUGCGAGACAGGAUAAUAGGGUUGUCCCAUAUGGUAGAAAUCCCCUUUUUCCCUUUAAAUCAUAUGAUGUACUGACAAUAGAACAGAAGGCUGUCCCGUAUCCCUCUUCCCACCAGAAAGCCAAGAGGCAAUCAUCAACCUCUUCCUAGCAUUCAACGAAUACUACCCCGCCCCGGUACUCAAACAUCGCGUGGAGCUAUUCAAAGCCCAUCUUAAUGAGACGUACUUCUGCUGGAUCGGAGAGUUCGGAGCCGAAGAUCCUUAUUAUUACCGAAUUCAUAGUCCCGUUGCGUUUAUGGAAUUGGAUUUUCACUGUGGGAGUAAGUUUUUUCUGAGAACAGUUUGUUGGAUGCUUGCUUUGUGAUGGUAAUGCUGAUUUGACUUUUUUAAAUAGUUUUCUUGACGAAUACGAGUCCCGCGAGAUGUCAUAUCCAUACUAUCAAUAGACUUCCUAAUAGAGGCGAUUAUGGACGGGCUUUGAUUGAGCAGUAGACUCUCUCUCUCUUUCAACAAUCGAGUUUACAUA